GCAGUCUCUUGUCUGUUUGCAUUGACAGAGCAGUGCCAGGACACUGGCACUCAUGGUCACGUCGGCUGCCAUUGGAGGCACCCUCCAGUACGGCUACAACCUUGCCAUUAUGAACGCCCCUACAACUUUCAUUCAAAACUUUGUCAAUGAGACGUUUCGAGAGCGUUGGGACAUUCAGUUGCAGGACUACCAGGUGACGCUGAUCUGGACAAUUAUUGUCUCCAUCUUCUCAUUAGGAGGCUUUGCAGGGGCUCUCGUUGCCGGACCCAUGACAAUACGCUUUGGGAGGAAGAACUGCCUGCUGCUGAACAACGUUUUCCUCAUGGCCGGAGCCCUGCUUGCCCUGACGAGUCGGGCCGCCCAGUCUUUUGAGAUGAUCAUCAUCUCACGCAUCCUGGUCGGAAUAAACGCCGGUGUCAGCAUGAACGUGCAACCUAUGUAUUUCGGAGAGAGCGCGCCGAAGCACUUGCGAGGGGCCGUGUCUUUGUCCUCGGCCGUGUUCACGGCGUUCGGGGUGGUGCUGGGGCAAGUGGUCGGUCUCAGGGAGAUUUUGGGCUGCGAAUCUUGUUGGCAGUACCUUCUUGCAAGUAACGCCAUCCCUGGCCUCAUUCAACUCCUUACACUGCCGUGGUUCCCGGAGAGCCCCAGAUACCUGCUCAUCGACCGGGGUGACAAGGAAGCCUGUAUGAACGCUCUGAGAAGGCUGCGCGGAUGUGAGGUCCAGAGCAGCGAGCUGGAUGAGAUCCUGCAGGAGCAAGCGGAAACCAAGGGCGUGAGGCCCAGCCGACCAUGGGAACUUUUUACAGAUCGCAACGUCCGCUGGCAGCUCCUCUCUGUCAUGGUCAUCAGCAGCGCCAUGCAGCUCUGCGGUAACGACUCGAUUUACUUCUACGCGUCCUAUGUGUUUCAAGAGGCUGGUAUAUCUGACGAGAAGCUCCAGUAUGUCACCAUUGGCACUGGCACGUGUGAAUUCACGGCCUGUAUCAUAUGCAACCUGCUGAUAGAGCGGAAAGGCCGGAGGUUAAUGUUGAUGGGAGGGUACAUCUUCAUGACCGGGUGGGCGGUAGUCUUCACAGUAGCGCUUUCGUUUGAGCACAAAAUAUCAUGGAUGCCCUACCUGAGCAUGGCGUGCAUCUUUACCUACAUUCUCAGCUUCGGCAUGGGACCAGCUGGAGUCACGGGAGUCCUGCCCACCGAGCUCUUCAACCAGACCGCCCGACCAGCUGCUUACAUGAUCGCCGGCUCCAUGAUGUGGAUCAACCUCUUUAUCGUUGGAAUGAUGUUUCCGUUCCUGGUGCGCAAGCUGGGUCAGUUCUGCUUUGUGCCUUUCGGUGCAGUCUGCCUGUCAGCGGCUCUCUACGUCGGCCUGGUCCUGCCGGAGACCAAGGGAAAGACUCUGUCAGUCAUCACCAGCGAGUUCCACAAGCUCAACUUCAAAGGCCAAGAGAAGCAGGGAACCUCAGCCAUUCAGGCUCAGUACCAGCUGGGUGAAGUGUGCCUUUCCACGGCCCUGUAGACACCUUCUCACUCGUCUCUCGGACUACGGUCAUAUGCAGUUGCCACCCCGUACGCCUUCCUUUGGCUUGGUCUCUUCCACAUAGAAACUCCAGUGUGUUUGGAAUGGAAGGAUGUCUGCUCACUUGUGCAUCGCUGAA